CCCGCAGUCCCGGCCCAAAGUGAAACUCCGGGCACUUGCGGGAGCGCGGGGAGCGGGGACGGGCUGCGCGCCCUCGGGCCGGACGCGCCCCGGCGCCAAUGGCGCUGAGCAAAGGGCUGCGGCUGCUCGGGCGGCUGGACGCCUCGGGGGAGUGCAGCGUCCUGCUGGAGGCGCGCGGCCGCGGGGACUGCCUGCUCUUCGAGGCCGGCACGGUGGCCACGCUCGCUCCGGAAGAGAAGGAGGUCAUUAAAGGCCAGUAUGGGAAGCUCACGGACGCUUACGGCUGCUUGGGGGAGCUCAGGUUAAGAUCCGGUGGUGCUUCCCAGAGCUUCCUGGUUUUGGUGACAGGCUGCACAUCUGUGGGCAGAAUUCCAGAGGCUGAAAUCUACAAAAUCACGGCCACCGACUUUUACCCUCUACAGGAGGAGGUCAAGGAGGAGGACCGCCUGGUAGCCUUGAGGAAAAUCCUCAACUCGGGGGUCUUCUACUUCUCAUGGCCCAAUGAUGGGUCCAGCUUUGACCUCACUGUCCGGGCGCAGAAGCAGGGCCAUGACAGCGAUGAGUGGGGGAGCUCCUUCUUUUGGAACCAGCUGCUGCACGUGCCCCUGAGGCAGCACCAGGUGAGCUGCUGCGACUGGCUGCUGAAGGUCAUCUGCGGCGUGGUGUCCGUCCGCACGGUGUAUGCCUCGCACAAGCAAGCCAAGGUCUGCCUCGUGUCCCGCAUCAGCUGCGAGCGCGCCGGCGCUCGCUUCCACACCCGCGGCGUGAACGACGAUGGCCACGUGUCCAACUUCGUGGAGACUGAGCAGACGAUUUACAUGGAUGACGGAGUGUCGUCUUUUGUCCAGAUCAGAGGCUCCGUUCCGCUGUUUUGGGAGCAGCCAGGGCUUCAGGUUGGCUCUCAUCAUCUGAGACUCAACAGAGGCCUCGAAGCCAAUGCCCCUGCUUUCGACAGGCAUAUGGUGCUGCUGAAGGAGCAGUAUGGGAAGCAAGUGGUCGUGAACCUGCUGGGGAGCAGAGGCGGAGAGGAGGUGCUCAACAGAGCCUUCAAGAAGUUGCUCUGGGCCUCUUGCCACGCCAGCGACACGCCUAUGAUCAACUUCGACUUCCACCAGUUUGCCAAAGGUGGGAAGCUAGAGAAACUGGAGAACUUGUUGAGGCCGCAGUUGAAGCUGCACUGGGAUGACUUUGGCGUAUUCGCCAAGGGCGAGAAUGUAAGUCCACGUUUUCAGAAAGGCACUUUGCGGAUGAACUGUCUUGACUGCCUGGACCGAACCAACACAGUGCAGAGCUUCAUAGCACUCGAGGUCCUUCAUCUGCAGCUCGAGAGCCUGGGUCUGAACUCAAAGCCCAUCGCAGACCGCUUCGUGGAGUCCUUCAAAGCCAUGUGGUCUCUGAACGGGCACAGCCUUAGCAAGAUGUUCACGGGCAGCCGGGCCCUGGAAGGGAAGGCCAAGGUGGGGAAGCUGAAGGAUGGGGCUCGGUCCGUGUCUCGCACUAUCCAGUCCAACUUCUUUGAUGGGCUGAAGCAGGAGGCCAUCGAGCUGCUGCUGGUCGGGGAUGUCUGCACCGAGGAGUCCGCAGACAAGGGAAGGACGCUCCUGGACAACACGGCCCUGCUGGUGACACCCAGGAUCCUGAGAGCCAUGGCAGAGCGCCAGUCAGAAUUCACGACUUUCAAGCGGAUCCGCAUUGCCACGGGGACCUGGAACGUGAACGGAGGCAAGCAGUUCCGGAGCAACCUCCUGGGCACGGCCGAGCUGGCCGACUGGCUGCUCGACUCCCCCAGGCUCGCCGGCCUCACAGGCUCCCAGGAUGAGGACAGCCCGGCUGACAUAUUUGCCGUGGGGUUUGAAGAGAUGGUGGAACUGAGCGCAGGGAAUAUCGUCAAUGCCAGUACCACCAACAGGAAGAUGUGGGGUGAGCAGCUCCAGAAAGCCAUCUCACGCUCUCAUAGGUACAUUCUCUUGACUUCGGCACAGCUGGUGGGCGUCUGUCUGUACAUCUUUGUACGUCCAUACCAUGUCCCAUUUAUCAGGGACGUGGCCAUCGACACGGUGAAGACGGGCAUGGGGGGAAAGGCCGGGAACAAAGGGGCCGUGGGCAUCCGCUUCCAGUUCCACAGCACCAGCUUCUGCUUCGUGUGCAGCCACCUGACGGCCGGGCAGUCCCAGGUGAAGGAGAGGAACGAAGACUACAGGGAGAUCACCCAGAAGCUGAGUUUCCCAAUGGGAAGAAACAUUUUUUCUCAUGAUUAUGUGUUUUGGUGUGGCGAUUUCAACUACCGCAUUGACCUCACUUAUGAGGAAGUCUUCUAUUUUGUCAAACGCCAAGACUGGAAGAAACUUCUGGAAUUUGAUCAGCUGCAGCUACAGAAAUCAAGUGGGAAAAUUUUUAAAGACUUUCAUGAAGGCGCCAUUAAUUUUGGACCCACCUACAAGUAUGAUGUUGGCUCGGCUGCCUACGACACGAGUGACAAGUGCCGCACCCCUGCCUGGACAGACAGGGUUCUGUGGUGGAGGAAGAGGCACUCUUUUGACAGGACAGCUGGAGAACUCAACCUUCUAGAAAACGACAUAGAUGCUGACAGCACCGUCACACAUUCCUGGUCUCCUGGUGCCCUCAAGUAUUACGGCCGAGCCGAGCUCCAAGCGUCUGAUCACAGACCUGUGCUGGCAAUCGUUGAGGUGGAAGUUCAAGAAGUUGAUGUGGGUGCUCGGGAGAUGGUGUUCCGGGAAGUGUCCUCUUUCCAGGGCCCCCUGGAUGCCACGGUUGUAGUCAACCUUCAGUCACCGACCUUAGAGGAGAAAAACGAGUUUCCUGAAGAUGUGCGCACAGAGCUCAUGCAGACCCUGGGCAAUUAUGGGACCAUCGUUCUUGUCAGGAUCAACCAAGGGCAGAUGCUGGUGACUUUUGCAGACAGUCACUCAGCUCUCAGCGUCCUGGAUGUGGAUGGUAUGAAGGUGAAAGGCAGAGCCGUGAAGAUCAGACCAAAGACCAAGGACUGGCUGAAAGGUUUGCAAGAGGAGAUCAUCCGAAAACGGGAUAGCAUGGCCUCCAUGUCUCCCACUGCCAAUUCCUGUUUGCUGGAGGAAAACUUCGACUUCACAACCCUGGACUAUGAGUCAGAGGGCGAUAUCCUCGAAGAUGACGAAGACUAUUUGGCGGAUGAGCUAAGUCAGCCUGUGGCCUCAGACGGGGAGAUGAGCGGGGACAGCCUCUCCGAGGCCCCCAGCCCCACAGCCGCGAUGCCCGCCGGCAAGUCACCUGCGCUCAACAAAAAGAAGCUGCACCCGACCUGCCAAGAUGACGCUGAGCUGGUGGCAGUACAGCAGGAGCUGGAAGCAGGUGGAGAUUUCCGGCACCGUUCUCCAAGCAGGUCUCUGUCGGUGCCCACUCGGCCUCGGCCGCCUCACCCACCGCAGAGGCCCCCCCCUCCAACUGGUUUAAUGGUGAAAAAGUCGGCGUCGGACGUGUCCAUCUCGUUGGGCACCCACGGGCAGUACUCGAUCUUGCAGACGGCCAGACUUCUGCCGGGAGCACCCCAGCAGGCAGUGACCCAAGCCAGGACGGGGAUAAGUAAACCCUAUAACGUCAAGCAGAUCAAAACUACCAACGCUCAGGAGGCAGAAGCAGCCAUCCGAUGUCUCCUGGAAGCCAGGGGCGGUGCCCCAGGAGACGCCCCCAAAUGCCACAGCCCGAGGGACCCCGGCCCUUCCAAACCAGAGCCCUCAGCAGGGGUGGCCCCGCUCCUGCCCCGGCGGCCUGCACCCAGAGUCCCUGCCAUCAAGAAGCCAACCUUGAGGAGGACAGGGAAGCCCGAGUCACCGGAAGACCAGUGUGGGCCGCAGACGGUCCAUUUUACCAUCGGGCCCCCAGAGACAAGCCCCGAAACCCCUCCUCUAGCAGCCGCCCCUCCCGUGCCCAAACCGAGAUCGCUGCAGCCUGGGAAGGGCGCCGAGAGGAAGCCGAGCGGGGGGCCGCCCGCCCCGGGCCAUGGCCCCGCCGAGGCCGUCCCGCCGCACCCGCCGGAGGAGCCGCCCCCCGCGCCCCGGGCGCCCCCGAGGAGGAAGAAGUCCGCCCCCGCCGCCUUCCACCUGCAGGUGCUGCAGAGCAGCAACGGCCUCCAGGCGCUCGCCCUUGGCAGCCCCGGCGGCCACCAGCCCCCAGCUCGCCCACCCGACGACGACGGCCCCCUGUCCCCUCCACCCGCUGGCCUCGGCCCUUCCCCCGUGGCGAGCCCCGACACCCACGGCGCCAGGGAGCCCCUGGCCGAGACGGCCUCCCUUGGGGACUGUCGGGAUCCCUUCUGGAGCCUUCUCCACCACCCGAGCCUGCCGAAGAACGCCUGGCUUUCCCAGAGCAACGACCCGGUGGACUCGGGGACCGGGGGCCCACCAGGAGCACCCCCCGCCCCCGCUGCCCAGGAGCUGCCUCCGGGGCGCGGGCCGGGGGACGUAGGCGCCUGCGGGACCAGCGGCGACAAGGACCAGAGGACGGUACUGCAGGUGUUUGACCCGCUCGCGAACACAUGAGGAGGGAGCGGGGACAGCGGCGGCCGCACGAAGUGUGCCCUCUUCCCAGGGCGGCUCUCCACAGGGAAGCCCGGCCUCGGCCCCCACCCCCACCCCUACCUCCACCCCCAUCCAACACCCCUCCGACACCCCCGCCCCCACCCGACCCCCACCCCUAUCCGACACCCCCAGCCACACCCCACCCCCGCAAAAGAGACCUCUAUUUAAAGGCGCACUGAGAAAACACUUGUCCUUCUGUCACUCUGGUGUCGUUUACAGAAAUUGUGUCUCACAGUCAAUGCAAUGGGGGUUAUCCAGCCCCAAGACGGGUUUUAGUCUAGACUCAUGCGUCUUAGUUUUCUCUCCCGGGUCUGAGAAACCUCGGGUCAGGUUCACUGUGUGGCUCUGAGGACAGGGAAUCCAGUUGAUAAUGGCCAAGAAGUUCUGUCCGAGCUUUUGCAUGUACGUCUGUGGUGUUUUUAAGAUGUUAUUUGUACUUCGCAGAUUGGGGAUGACUUUUUUGGCGGGCCACCUGCAGACGCGGUAGCACCUGAAAGGGGGCCGGGCUCGCUGUACAUGGCCUGCUGACCCCGGGGUUUAAAAAAAAAAAAAAAAAAAGUCAGAGUUGAAAGCAGCCGCAGAUCAACCAAAUGACCAGGUGACACAUUCCCGUGAGCCCUUGUUUGUAUGUACAGGUGCAGGAAGCUUGAUUGCGUGGGUGAUGACGUCAUGCACUGUUUGGGGUUGGAAGCCUCUAGUUUAGCUAGCCGGGCUGCAGCUGGCCGAGGACCCCUCCCCACGUGUGUCAGUGGCUCCGUGCCCCGCAGCGUGCUGCGGUCUUGAGCCCAGGUGUGCGAGUUAAACCCGUUUUUAUGCACUGGCUCUUCCCUCUUAAAGGAAGCCUCUUGGCUUCUUUCUCCCCUUGCAUUCCAAACGGAAAAAGCACCAAGCUGCAGACUCCAGCUGGCCUAUAGUACUGGUCCUCAUCCUUAGGGUAGGAAGACUAUUUCGUUUAGUCUGGGCUGCCUGGCUGUGGCUUCAGGAGGGAAAGUACCACCUGUCCCUGUAGGUAAGAGAUCCCAGAGCAGCAUUUUGGGGUUUGCUUAUCCAUAUGUUCACUGGGUUUUGUGUUUUUUGUUUCUUGGGGUGUUUUGUCUGUACAUGUGCCACACCACCUCUUGCCUACUCAGUCUCUUAGAAAGACAUCACCAGAUGACUUGACAUUUUACGAAUAAUGUUGUAAGGCCUAGAAUCCGUUUGGAGCAGAUACGAUGUUUUUGCUAACAAGUUCACAGGUGAAAUCUGAGGGUGCCACAUACCGCAUUUAAGGGAUUUAAUAUCCUAGAAUCAUACAGCGGUGACUCUGUCUUAUCCCUCAUGUGACCGGACAAAUGGUUAGGAUGACACUAACUGCUGAUUGUUGGGAUGGCAGUAAUCGUCCUGCCUGGGGUGGGGGAGGUUACCAUUCCCUUUCCUCCUCUGGGAUUUUCGGAUGAUCUCUCAUUGCCACUCUCAAGGUACAUGGCAGAUGAUUUAAAUCUGGCAUGCAACACACACAAAAAAAACUACAACAUGUAUCGCAUUUCAUUUGAAAACUGAUUUU